AUGUUUGAAAGCAAGAGUGAUUUGAUAGUUGAAAACUGUUUGAAACACAAAGUACCUGAUAAUUUAGAAGAAUUCAGUUUUUAAAUAGAAGAAUGGAUGUACAAAUAAAAAUCGAACAGAGCAUUAUUUAUAAGUGAAGAAGAUGGAAAUGAUAUUUAAUUUUUAAUAUGUCAUUGGAUUAAUAAAUUGAAUGUAAACAUAGAAAAUGCAUGAUUUAGAAAGAUUUAGUUAUACCCUAUUUUGUUGAACAUGAAAAUUAGAAUUAUCAUUAUGGAAUAUAUUAUGUUUUAUCAAGAUUAAAAGUAAAAAUGAUUGUUAAUUUAAUUUAGGCAUAAUUUAAUAUCUCACAAAGAGUAGAAAUAGAAGGUGAGAAAUUAAAAUAGUUUUUUUAAUAUUGGUUAGAAUUCUAUAAUAGAGAAUUGUAAAAUUAAGUCUUUUGUGAAGCCAAAUGUGUUUAUAAGAGAGUAUAAAAUCAUUAUUAAAUUCAUUAGCUAAUUUUAAUCUUUUAAGGUAUUGAUCGAUUCAGAGAUUCAAAUGGAGAAGUGAGAGUAUCAUAUUGGUUACCUAAAGUACUACCAGAAAACAUCAAAGUUAUAGUAACUGGUCGAAAUGAUUCAAAAGCAUUUGAAUAUUAUAAAAAUUAAGGAGGAUCAAUAUUGAACAUGUAAAUUUGGACUUUAUUCAAGUGAUUGGAGUAAGAAAGAAUACUUAGAAAAUUUAAUUUAAUUUGAUUCUCUAUAUGUAUUAAUACAUUAUAAUUUUAUUAUUAGCGAAUAUAUAGGAAAUUACCUCGCAAAUUAUAAGAAUAAACUCUUUUUAGUAUGAGUUUUCAAGCAAUAUUUACAAAUUAGACAGAUGAAUUUCAAAGUAUUAAUAAAGAAGUAUUUUAACAUCUUGAAAGUAAAUAUGUUUUAUAUAGACAUAGAUGUUAAAUAAGAAAGUGACUUUUAUAAUUUAUUGAUAUCUACUUUUCUAAAAUAUUAUUCAGAAAUACACUACUCAUAAAUAUUAAAUGUUUUGACAUAUGUAUUUAAAGGUAUUUCAAUUGAAGAAAUAACAAAUAUUUGUAAUUGUGAUAAAUAAUAAUUCCUAAUUGUUUAUGAAUUUUUCAAAGUACUCAAUCAUAUAUAUUAAUUAUUUAGAUCUUUUUAAUGGAAAAACAAUAGAUAUAUUGUAUAUUUUAUUUGACAUUUAAAAAUGUCUUGAGUACAUAUUUUCCUCAUAAUAAGACUUUAUUUUAAUCUUUCUUAAUGGUAAUGGAACAUUCAUAAAAUUCUAUAAGGAAAUUGGAAGAAUUGAUAUAUUAAUAUUCCAGAGGCAAGAGAUAUUUCAAAUUAAAAGAAAUUUUGAUAAAUAUUGAAAGUUUUUUAUUAUAUUGUACUCCAUAUCAUAAAUUUGAAUUGUGUCAUUUAUGGUAGACACUUGAAUAGAAUGGCUAUGAUUUAGUGAUAGAAUAUAAUAAGGCAGUAGAUAAUUUCUAGGCUUUCUAUAAACCUACUAAUGAAGGUUUAUUUUAUAUAAUCUUAUAAAUCAGUAGAUUUUUAAGAGAAUAUAGUAUUUUUGAAAAGUAAUUAAUAUGAAUAUAUGAAUUUAGCGAUCAUACACCACCUUAUAAGCAUCCAUAAUUAAAGGGUUAACCUAUUGAUUUUGAUGAGAUUGGAAUGUAUAAUGAACUUAAAGAGUUAAAGAUGAUGGCUAAGAAAAAGAAAAAGAUUAUGAAUGAAGAAUACUUUCCUUCUUAAAUUACAAAUAUUGAUACUUUAAAUAUGGAUAUGAAAGCUAAUCGAGAUUAUUUUAUUAAUUAUUAUUUGAAUCAAUUUGAUUAAGGUUUAGUGUAAGAAUAUAUCAAUACUAAAUAAGAAUAAUUAUUAGAUAAAAUAAUAAGGAAUACAAGAAAUUAACAAUUUUAUUAUUAUAAAAGAUGGGUUUGGGUAUAAUUUCCUUGGCUUUCAUUGACUCAAAAAAAUAAUUACUCAAAAUUAAUGUAGUAGUAUAAUAUAAAUAACAUUCCUUUACAAGAUGAAUUAUCACUCAAUUAGAAAGCAAUAAAAUUAGCAUAAAUUGCUUAAUAGACAAAAUAAAUGAAAGAGCAUAAUUGUAAUGAUAUUAUAUAAUUAUUUUAGCAUCAAAAUUACCAUCUAUUAAUUCAAGUAUUAGAUUAAGAAGAUAUAGUCCAUUAGAGAUAUCUAGGAUUACUAAUAUCCCUAAAACAAGAGCAGACUCUGAACAUACUAAAUCUACUGAUAGAAGUAUAAAGAAAUGUACAUUGCCUAGUAUAUAGAAGAUGUAAUAUCAAAAGAAAUUAGAUUAAAUUGUUUACUAAAAGUAUAAUUGGUAUCACUAAUAUUUUAGUUAGGUUUUGAAGAAUCGAUUAAAAGAAUAUAAUACAAUUCGAUAGAGUUUAUAUCCAGAUGAAUUGAGUAGUGAAACUUAGAAAGCUCUUGAAAUUACUAAGAAAUUAUCAGAAGAAUUAAAAAAAUAAUAAGAGAAUUUUUAAAUAAUUUAAUAAGAAAUGAAGAGAAUUAAUAUAGUUUGGAAAUUAUGUUAAUAAAAUUAGGAUUGUAAUGAUAGAGCAUAAUAAUUGGUAUAACAUUCUAAGAAUUUGGAUCGAUUGAUAUAAGAAUAAAUGAUAUGUAUUAAAGAUUGUAAUGAGAAAUUAAUGGAAAUAAAAUACAAAUAGAAAAUUGCAUAAAAGAAACAAUAAGUUGAGAAGAAAUAACAAUAAUAAUAAUAGUAAUAAUUAUAAUUAUAAAUUAGAUUUACUUUUAUUUAAAAUAUUCCAACUUCUGCAGGAAUGUUAUCAAAUAUAGAUAGUUCAUAUAUAUAGGAUUCAUAUAAAAAACAAUUAUAAAUUAGUAAUAGCCUUAUAAAUGAAACUAAUGAAACUAAAAUUAAAUUUGUUAGAUUAAAGACAGGAAAAAUAGAGGAUCGAUUAGACUCUCAUACAUAAGAACUUGUUACAUAAUUAUUUGAUUUAGGUAUUGAAAAUCUAAAUAAAAACAAUUUUAAAUUGAGAGAAUUUUGUGAUAUGAUAACUAAAAAUGAUGAAUUACAUUUAGAAAUUUAGAAUAGAUAAUAAAGAUUAUUGUAAUUAAAAAAUACAAAAUAAGAAUUCAUAAUCUUCUCGAAGGUAAUUCUUAAAUGGAAUUUAGAUAUUGCAAACACAAAAGAAACCUAUAUUAUAAACCAGAAGUGACCAUUAUUAUUCAAGUUAUCAAUAAGAUGAUGUGAUCAGAUAAAAUGAUUACAAAAUACAGAACUUAAAACAAUUACAAUAAUACUUGGCUGUUAUCAAAUUCUAUAAUAAUAAUCUAUAUUAAUUAUUUCAAUCUAUACAAAAGCCAGAUAAUAAUAUUUCAUAAAUUACUCAACUUUUGUAGAAAAUGAUAUGA